AGUGGGUGCGUAGUGGCCAUGUUGAGCAGCAGGUGAGAACUUGUAUGGAGGCGUGGGGCCCGCACUCUCUCCUCUCCUGGGGCUCUCCCUCGCCUUGACACCCCGUGUCAUGCACUCACAAGUAAGAAACUGGUGUUGCUUUCCAUGGUUGAAUAAGUAAUCCAGCAGCGUGCAUCUUCACAUGGAAGGGCGUCUGGACCCACACGUACGAAGUUGUCACAAAUCUGUAUCUUCUCGGAGCACACACAAACGCCUUAAGAAAACUAAAAGAACAAAGCACCAAAAUGUAAGAAAAGCAAAUCAUGGCAGAAGUGUGUUCAAAUGGGCAUUAGGCACUCUCUACUCUGCAGUGUAUGAGCACCGCUGGGAGGAUGCUUUUAAGCUAUUGCCAUGUGUCGUCAUCCGUAUGAGCAAUGAUGUGCCUUAUGAUUUCCUCUGGAGGGUGGCGGAUGUUAUAACCCGAAACGCUACUGGUAUUUCUGCGAAUCGUAGGCAGCAGUUACGAAGAUAUGUUUGUUCUCUGAAAGGGAAAAUUCAUGAUGUAGUACUUGAUACAUUAUCCCAGGAUCUUCAGACAGCAAGUGAUGCUGAUAUAGAUAAUUUAAUACAAAUGGAUGACGACUUUCGUCAUCUACAAAAUUGUAGGUGGACCUCUCUUGGUGAUCGUGAACGACUGCAAGGACUUUCAGGAGGAUUUAUUGGCCGAAUCUUUUAUCAACGCUGGAAGAAUUGCCAGGCUGAAGAAAAUCAUCUUGUCAAGUUGCAGGAUGAUAGAGUGUCUAGUUCGCAGUCUCCUGAUAAAGAGUGUCCACCCACCCCUGGAAACCUUGAAGGACAAGAGCUGGCGCCUGGAACAAAUUGUAAAGUUCUAGCCAAACAAGCACAUUCAACUAUCCAGAAGGCUGUGUCAGAUCUUAACGAACCUUGUGAGUGGUUAAUGGAGCAGUACCUGGACCUUGAGUGUGAGCUGUAUGGUACCGAGACAGCUGUUAAUAAACUUGAGGCAUACGUAGAGAAGAAUACUGAUCAUUUGCCUGCUCAUCGAUUUUCAUAUCAUUUUUAUAAGAAUAAAGUUCCAAAUAGCAAUAAAAACCAGAUCAAAGCACUUCAGAAAAUCUCCAAGAUGUGUUCGGAUGAUCCUCUUGUGCUGGAAUAUGUUGAUCUUAUCCUGAAAAGGGCUGAACAUGAUAUAUUUGUGCCUUAUGGUCAGCAAGAAGAUGCAGACAGUGAUAGUGGCCUUGAUGCAUGGGAAAAUGUUGAAACAAGGCCCAUUGCCAAGAAGGAAAAUACACCACCCUGCUUCCUUAAGUCAAAUGAAAAUGUCAAUGCCUUGAAGAGCUGUCUCCAUCUUCUUACCACAAUGUUGGAAUAUAAGGAGCUAAUAUGGAAUCUUCAACCAUGGCAAAGACUGACAACCAUACUUCGAAGAUUUUAUGUAGCGUGGUUAAGGUGUUGGUCCUGUUCACUAUGCAAGAAGUCUCGUACAUUAGUAGAUGCUGUUGGACAAAGAAUGACAGCUUUGUGGAGACACUAUGUUUGGACAUCACCACCAGCACUUAUUCCUCUGGAGAAGGCCCAAGUUCUUUUUCAUCAUGCUUAUGCAGCUUAUAUUUUUUGUUACAGUGUGGACUAUAUAUUAGAAAUCAAAAGUGCCUUGUUUUCAAAUGGCUACAAUAACUUAGCACUUGAAUUGGAAGAUUCUAUAUGUUAUCCUGGUCCUUUCUUGAAGAAAUUCAUCUGUUACUCAGAUAUUAAAAGAACAAGGCUUCUUCAUGUGGGAAUGGAAACCACCUCCAGCAGUUACCUUUAUAAGAAAGGAAGUUCUGAGCUGCACUUGAUAUCUUCUCCAGUUGAAGACACUAAUGGUACUGAAGAAUGUGAUUCAACAGAAUAUUUUGAGAGUAUGUGUGAAGAAAAUGAUAAUGAAGGGACAAGGAAUGAUAUAGAUCCUUUAUCUUUGAAUAAUGAAACUGAAGUGAACUUCACUACAGGUCUUGGGAUUGACUUUCUGGAAUUGCAGUGUUCACGACGUUUAACAAAUUGUGAGGGUGGCAAAGAUGUAUCAUUUAAUGAGCAAGAUAUCAUCACAAGUACUCAGAUAAAAGCAGAACAUGCGGUGUCCUCACUACCUUCUAAUCUAGCUUUAAAUCCUGCCCAUAAUGGAAGUUUUAUUGGAUUAAUAAGUUGUGUGGCAGAUGGUGACAGUUUACGUAUGAAAAGCAUUGGCAAUGGUAUUAAACCAUCUGAUAACCAGAAGAAAAGACUAAAGCAUAGUGAAAUUGAAACCAGUAUUAGCAUGGAAGAUGUAAGCUCGGAAAAUAUUUCUCGAAACGCAUUACUUCGUGUAAUGGUGGACAGGAAAGACAUGUUGAGUCUAGAGAGAAGAGAAAAAUCCAUUUCAAAUAAUAUGGUUAUUGUCGAGAGAGAAUUAAGCCAGCAACAGCAGGUAAGUCACUGUGAUCCAGUAAUGUCUCGAAGGUUAUGCUUUACGCUACAGAAUGGUUCUCAUGUAGAUGAUGUAAAUAAGUUGUCUGAACCAAAAGAAAAAAAUUCCAGAGAGAGUAAAGGUUUUUCUGAAGAUGAGGAAAUUAAAUUGAAUAUGCAUAGGAAAAGAUCUAAAGCAGAAGCUAUGAUGGCCAAUUCCCUGACCUCUCCAAAUCUUGAGCAUCAAAAUAGAGACCUGGACAUGAAUUUUGAAGAAGAUAAGACCUAUGAUCCUCAAUUUCUUUACACAUGCAGUUUCAACAAUGAUUCAAAGAAUCUUGGAGAUUGUGAUUCCUCUAACGUUAACUAUGAUACUGCCAACAAUACUAGUCAAGAAGUAAAUUUCCCAGACGUGCCUAUUGAGCCAGUUCUUGCUGAAAGUCAAGAGCCAGACAUUCACACUGCAAAUAUAUCUAACACUGCUAAUUGUCAAGGCUGUGAACAGAAUGUGCUUCAUGACUGUGAAGUCACUAAUGCAAGUCAAAAUGUUAACAUUUGUAACGCCAGCAUUGACAAAGAUCAGAAUGAUUUUGAUAGAGAUUCCAAAGGAAACUCUUUCUCAUGUGGAGUAUUAGAGGAGGAUUUGGAAAAUUUAUUAACUUGUGGCCAGAGAGAGAGUGGACUUGGUGAGUAUAAAGCAGAAAGUUCCCAAAAGCAUGGAUGUAGUCUUCCAGGAAAUGCUGAAAAAAUUGGGGAAGAGUGUGAGGAUUUCCAACUUACACCAUUGCCAACAAGUUUGUCUCCCGAUGCCAUUUUGCCCUGCACGCAAGAAUCUGUUUUUAGAAUUAAUCUUGUGGUUGAUGAAACACUUUCCCAUAUGGAUGCAAAUUUUAUAGAUGAUGGUGUUCGUUUUGUUCCAGAAACCCAAAGUCAGUUCUUGACUGAGACUUGUGAUAAAGAUGGUGGCAUUGGUGAUGACUUGGGAAAUAUUAAUUCCAUGGGUGAGCCUCAAUCAGAGGACAAUACAAAGGAAAAUAUUCUACCUGGAACGCAACAGAAUAUAAUAGCUGAUUCACAGUACUCCUUGACUCCAGCUCAACGAGUACAGAGUUCUGACAUUAAAGAUGUGCAAGAUAUGGACCCCUCGCUACACAAUAUGAAAAACAUGUAUAAUGCUGACUUUUGCAAAACCGAGGAAGAAUUGGGUGCAGGUGAUCAGCCAGAUGAAUCACUGAUUAUGGAAGAUAGUAAAAUUGGGAUUUUGGAUGACUCACUCCCUACAGCAUUAGCAUCAGUAAGUGUUCCUUUGAAACAUAAGUCUGUUAAUAAUUACCAUCUACCGGUCACUCCACCAGGCCAAAGGGCAAACUUGUUUAGUGAUGAUAAUACAGAUAAAUUCAACUCUGCAAAGAGUGCAGUGGAAAGAAUUGUGCAUUCUCAGUGUCUUCGUACACCUCCAGUAGAUGAAGAUGACCAAAAUGAAUUUAGUGAUAGCCAAGAAUUUAUAGGUCCCAGUCAAGAUGAGAUUACUACUGAUGCAUACAAAAUGUACCGGCUUGAUUUAAAAAAUUCACACAGCAGUUUCUCAGCUGGAAGUACAGUGUCUGAUAGUGUAAAUGGAAGUGACACAGAGGUCACAUCUGAUAAUGUUUAUGGAUCUCUUCCAGCAAUGCAGGACAUUUCUUUUUCACCUUCACAACAAACGGUUCAGACUCUCAGACCAAAAAGAGUUCAGACUGGCAAGGAAAACAUUUUGGAGAUAACUCCCUUAUCUCAGAUGGUUUGUGUAGUACAAGAGGAGGAGCUAGAACUUUUGUCCCAUGAUAUUAAUUCUGGUGACACAAAUUGCAAGAAACCAUCAAGUAAUGGCAGCCUUGCCUUUGCUUCCAGUAGUGAAGUGGCUAAACUACAAGACCUUUUUUAUCGCCAAGCAAGAAAUGAAAGUUCCAGUAAUAUAAUAAGCAAGGCAUCCACGCAGGUCAUUAAUAAAAAUUGCAAUAUACCGGUAAAUAUCAGCAGUGCUCAAGAUAAUUCCAAGAGUAUCACGAAUAAAACCAGUAAUAUAUAUGAGCCACUGGAAGUAAAGGGAGGUAGUGGCAUAGAAAGUUGGGGAUUUAAGAAUGAAGAAGCAAAUGAAGAAAUGACAAAAGAAUAUAAAGUAGAAGCUUGGGAUUUUCGAAUUGAAGAAACGGAAGGUGAUAGCAUGUCAGAAACUUGUGGGUCAGUGACUGGAGAAACUGUGGAAGAUAAUGAGUGUUUAUUUACUAUUGCAAGUGGUGGUGGAGAGAGAGACAAUUCCGAACCUGCAUUUAUUGGGACAAAUUAUGCGAGCAAAAUUACAGUUGACCCAUGCAGCAAGCAAGAUAAGAGAGUCAACAGAUUGAAAGAAAAGCGGAGAAAAAAGAAGGGAAGGACUGAGCGGAAAUCUUCUGAACCAGUACAUGUUGGCAAAAAUGAUGUAAAUAAACUUCAAAAUGAAAAGCCGUACCACAGAAAUGAUACAGGUGAGAAAGUUAGAGGAAAGCCACCCAAAAAUAAAGUUAAAAAUGCUUUUGGAACUUCUCAUACUGAAUCUUGGAAUGAAUUUUUAGAUGAUCUCCCUGCUCCGAUUUUAAAUCAGAUUAAUUGGAAAGACAAAGACAACAUUCAUGUUAGUCAUCCCAAAAAAAUAAAGAAAAAGAAAAUUUCUUACAAAGAUGGAAAAUGUAGAGAAUUAAGACUAGUUAAAAAAUGUGGAGGUAAAUCUCAGGACAAUCAAGACCAUAAAUUAUCCUGGUUAGAAGAUUUGCCUUUGCCAUUUGACACUUUGCCUGAGACAGGCGAGAUGAGCAUAAAUGUUGGGCUUGAUUCUUUCAGUGAUCAAAGUAGUUUGAUACAGUUUGAGAGUUCUGAAGUUGAGGAAACAAGAUUUAUAACGAAGAAAAUAAAAAAUAAACAGAAAGCUAAAGUAACUAAAAAGCGGGAACAGGGUGUAACUACUGAUGUAAUGUGUACACCAUCUUUAUCAAAUGGUAAGGUAUUCAAAUUUAAAGAAAAAAACAAAAAGAACAAAAUGCCUCUGAAUGAUAGUGAAAGCUCUAACUCAGAUGCUAACAAAUAUGAAAUAGAUAGUUACGGUGCUUCGUCAAGUAGAGUCAAGAAGCGUAAACAAAAUUCUGAAAAUGAAGUACAGAUAAUUGCGGAAAUAAGCGUCAUUAGACCGAGUGAAUCUGUUAAUGGAUCUCGCUCUAAAUUCAAGAAGAAAAAAUCAAAACGUGCACAGCUCAUUAGUGAAACUGAAAGAGCGCUGCCACAUUCAGCAAGAUUUCUGGAAAGCGAUGAAUUAUCCCAUAGAAAUUCUAAAAAAAAAUGCAAAGAUAUCUUAAGGGAAACCGAGGGAAUACAUGGUGUAAAAUCAGUUGAAGGUUUGAGAUCAAUGGAUUUUUGUCAGGACCCCAAGAGAAAACUAAGAACAAAGAAGUGGCAAGUUGACAUUCAAAAUUUAACGUACCCAUGCAACAAAUUAAAAAAAAGAAAAAGUGGACUUAUGGGCUUACAUAGUUCUUUUGACCGCAGUGUACAUUGUGAGGAAGAAUCUCGGAAAAAAAUGCAUGAUUUAGAGGAGGAAGUUAAGGAGAAGGACUUGAGCAUUAACUUGUUUUCAAGUAAAAAAAAGAAAAAGAAAAAACAUGGUGAGAGAGAGAAUAUUGAGCUAGUUCAAGAGAAAAGUAUUAGCAUGCCUGAAAGACUAAGCACAUCAGUUGAUGAUGUUACUGAAUCACUAGGAAUGAUGAACCAGCUAGUAUUUUCAUCUAAUGAUAAAUUGAAGAUGUCACAAUGUGUAAGUAAGCAACAUAAAAAACAAGGGAAACAAACUUCUGAAAAACAUUUAUCUGACAUUGACGAAAGUUUAAAAAUUCAAGGCAACUCUGUUGAGGUGUCUAAUAGGAGUCCUAGAGAUAUGUCUCAUAAAAUGAAGAACCAUUUGUCAAAAACUAAAAAGCCAUUUUCAAAAGAAAUUGCAAAGAGCACCACUAAUUUAGAUGUAACCUACAAGAAUAUUGACACCCCAAGUAAAAUACGCAAGAAGGGCAGGGAUCCUCUUAGUGAAAUUGGAUAUUAUAUCGGUUAUCCAGCACAAAGAACAGUAAGCAUUGUUAAUGAUGAUAAAAUUAAUAAAUUACAUGUUGCAGUCUCGGUUGCCCAAGGUAUGAAGCGUGGACAAUUGGAGUCUGAAUCAAAUAAUACUGUUAUGUCGAUGACUUGUGAAUAUUCUGAGGCGACAGUUGGCAAAAAGGCUGCAGUACCUGAAUCGAUCAAAAAAAGGAAAAGUUCUGCUAGACUAUCUCAGAGAUUGUUAGAGAAACGUGUUCAGCCAUCUCCUCCAUGGCAGAAUCAUCCUAAAUUUAAUAGGAGAUCUCAUAAGCUUUUCAAUCCAAAUGAUGGUCAACUUUUGUAAGAUUAUCAAUAAUAAGUUCUGUAACAUUUUCAGGAAAUUUGAUAUAAUUUGCACAUUUUCCAUGUGUUCAUAUAUUGUAAAAAAUAAUUAUUUAAGUUCAGUGUACCAAAGAUGGUCUUGCAGUAUGUAAAAAUUUUAUUUCUUAGAAACUUUAUUUUCAUGUUCUGAAUUGGAUUCAAGCAAUCAAAAUGUCAAGAAUUUAUUGCCAUGAUGUAUGCUCUUAAAAUUAGCGCAAGUUAUACUAUAUCAGCCUUGUAACUUGCUUAGAUUAAAAUUUUAGAUUUAAAUGAUUGUUAAAAAAAAUUAUUUUUACUGUUCAAAGUUUAGAUUUGUUGUUGGUCAAUUGGGUAUUUUUUUUCCAGUUAGACUUGCUGGUACACUUUAUUUUAACUAAUUGCUCAAAAGUAUUUUUGUACAUGCCUAAGAUUUUUUAAUAAAAUGUUCAAACAGUGCCAAA